UUUUAACGACCCGUCCCGUUUAACCCCCAGCUGUACUCUCGCUACAAAAAAAAAUGUCUUAUGAUAAAAUUAUAGUCACAAAAUAAAUUUUAUUUUCCUGUCCGUAAAUCGCAUUCAAAACUGGCAGAUAUUUACAGCCAACAAGAAACAACGCAAGGGCCAACAAUUAUCAUCAAAUUUGUUGGUUACAUCAGUGUUUAAGAUCAUAGAGUUUGUCCAACGUGCAUUGGGUAUGAUAGUUUAGGAUGACUAAUGAACAAGAAGAAAGUGGGUCUCCACCUCAAGAUGUGGUUAUCCCUCCUAUGGAUGUUAAACAAACGAUUGAAAAAACUACAGGAUAUGUGAUUAAGAAUGGUAUUGGGUUUGUAGAACGAUUGAAAUCAAAUAAUAAAGAUCAUAAGUUUGAUUUCUUACUUCCAAAUCAUCAGUAUCAUGGGUAUUACCAAUGGAAAUUAUCAUCAUCAUCAAAAUCUACUACUCCUACUUCAUCACUCAUCUCAUCGAAUAAUGAUAUAUCAGGAAAGGAUAUACCGACAGGAGAAGAUGAAAUCAUUGCCAAACCUCGUGAAUUACCCUUUUUAAUAGACUUACCGAUGAUAUCUCAGAUUGAUUUGGAGGUUAUCAAAUUAACAGCAUUAUUCGUGGCUAAGAAUGGUGAAUCAUAUAUUAAACCCUUACAAGAACAUCAAAUUAAACAAGGGAAUAAGAAUCAAUUUGAAUUCUUAAAUGAAAAUCAUUCAUUAUAUGCGUUAUUUCAAACCUACGUGUCACAAUAUAACCUCCUAAUCAAGUUUUUACUCCUGGAAGAAAAUGGGAAAGUAGAUGAUGAAGAAGUGAAGAAUUUAUUUAAUCAAUUAGAGCAAGCUGAUAAUAUCAUUGAUAUAGGAUAUAAACGAUCCCAAUAUGAUCUUCAACAUAAAGAAAUCGAACGGGAGAAGAAAGUAAAACAACAUCAAUUACAAUUACAAUUUGCUUCGAUUGAUUGGCAAGAUUUUUCUAUAGUGGGUAAGAUUGAAUUUGAUGCUAUUGAUGAAGUUCAAGAAUUGCCUGUUCCUUUAUCACGAGAAGAUUUGAUAUAUAGAUCAUUAGAGUCGAAGAAUAAAGAUGUGAUACGACAUGUGGAGGAGGAGGAGGUAGAAAAGCAUAUAGAAGAGCCAAUUCAAGAACAGGAGGAAGAACAAAAAGUUAUACCUCAACCAUUCAAAGGUAUGAAGAUAAAAGCGGCUGGAGAAUCAAGAUUAAAAUCAAGAUCAAAAACAUCAUCACAAGCAUCAUCGACUACAUCCAAUGGGGAAAAACUUAUAAAAUGUCCAAUAACCAGUCAACUUAUCCCUGAACUGAAAUUUGAUAAUCAUCUUAAAGUCUUAUUACGGGAUCCUAAAUAUAAACAAGAACAAGAUAAUUUCAUGAGGAAGAAUUUCACUUAUGCUUCGAAUUUAACUAGUGAUCAAGUUUAUGAGAAUAUAAAGAGAUUAGUUCGAAAGAGACAAGGAGGAGGAGAUGAUGAUGAUGAUGAAGAUGAUAAAGAAAGUAAUGGUAGAAAGAGAUUACAAAUUGGUCCUCAUUAGAUAAUGUUCAUAGAGUAUGGAAUAAUAAACAGGAAUCUUCUUUUAUUACGUUGUAUAGCGAUUAUAUAUAGUAAUUUAAAUUUUAUUCAUCUUAUAUAUGUUUGAAUGUAUAGGUAUAUACUUAACUAUAUAAUAUUAUAUAUAAAGAUU